AUGAAAUUCACCAGCACCGUCCUCGCGGGUUCUUUCCUUUUAUUAGGUCCCGUGGCCAUUCUCGCCCAAGACAGUUCAUCUUCUACCGAUACUGCAGCAGCGGAGUCAUCAGCCCUAUCCGCAGCAUCGAGCGUUGUCUCUGCUGAUGCCGGCUCAGUCACGGUCAUUGAUGGGUUUACAAUUACCAUUCCUUCUGGUAUCUCUAUCCCUUCGAUUCCCAGCGCCGUCCUUUCCGAUACAUCUCUCAUCGCGUCUAUCGCGUCUUCCAUCACCGCGACAUUGACGGGGUCGUUGGCUUCUGAGGCUUCUUCCAUCCUCAACGAAAUCACUGGGGGCAGCGCGUCAAGUACCUCUACCGGGACUAGUGCCACAACCACUGGCAGUGGCUCUAGUGUAGCUAGUGCGAGUUCUACAAGUGCUUCCAAUGGGGCGAUGAGUCUGGAGGGUGGAGUUAUUGGCUUGAUUGGAUCUGUCGGAGCAGGAUUGCUUGCGGGCAUGUGGAUCCUUUAA